AUGAAUAUGAGCUGCCCGGAGGUACAUCUCAGCAAUGCAGCGUCUAUUGUUUUAUCACUGUGGUUCUUCUUAUCUGGUUUAGCUGCUGUAUUUGGAAAUGCAGUUGUGUUGUGGUUGUUCUAUAGAAACGAGUCUUUACGAACAAUGUCCAACCGAUUUUUAGCCUCGUUGUCUGUGGCAGACUUUUUAGUUGGACUUGUUAUAGACCCUGUCUGGAUCGUGAUCAGAUGUUUGAUUCAGCCAUCAGAUACACACGGCAUAAUGUUCUACGUCAUUGAAAUGUUAUGGAUUCACACCACCACUGCUACGACAUACAGCGUGUGUUGCGUCUCAAUCGAUCGGUUUAUUGCGAUACGGUUUCCUUUCCGUUAUCAGCACAUGGUAACCAAGAAAAGAUGCUAUGCCGUGAUAAGUGCAGUGUGGUUAAUCUCUUUGCUUGCUCCGUUCUCAAGGAUCCUGAUAAAACAUGGGGAAUACAUGAUGAAUGAAAACCUAUUGUUGUGUUUGAUCGUUACAGCUUUUGUGUUGCCUCUGUUUGUAAUAACUUUUUGUUACGUGUUGAUUUUCAAAACCGCCAGAAAACAAUUUAGGAGAAUCAGCUUAGGAGAAAAUCUUCAGGACAAAAAUAUAAAAUCUCGAGCAAAGGAAAAUUUAAAAGCCAUAAAAACAGUAGGCGUUGUUUUAAGUGUUUGCAUCGCUUCUUGGCUGCCAAGUAUGGUUUUUCUUGCGAUUCAAUACUAUUAUGCUUCAGAAAAUCUUAAGUGCGCCGAUGAAAAAAUAUACUUCGCUGUAUGGCCUUGGCUUGAGGCAAUCGCUUUUACCUCGUCCGCAAUUAAUCCCUGGAUAUAUUUUUUCAGGAGCGAAGACUUUCGCCAAGCUCUUCGCCGCAGCUUUCCUCGUUUGCCAAGUUUCUUAUGA